AUGAUGUUGUUCAAGGCGGUCGUUUCUGGUGUUUUGCUCGCGGGCUGUGCCCUCACUGCUGCUGUGGGACAUGGUGGACAUCAUGAUUAUCAUUUGAGAUCUCUUCAUGCUGGACGACAGGUCGACGGCGAGACGGAUUAUGAGUAUGUUGUUGUGGGAAGUGGACCUGGUGGAGGACCGCUUGCUGCUAGACUUGCUCUUGCGGGAUUCAAGGUCUUGCUUAUUGAAGCUGGCGGCGACAAUUCGGACAACAUUAAUGUUCAGGUUCCUACGUAUAAUCUCAAGGCUGGAGAGGAUCCUGCUAUCAAAUGGGAUUACUUUGUUACUCACUACGAGGAUCCGGAGCGACAGGCGAGGGAUUCCCAUAUGACUUAUCUGCAGACUGAUGGCAGUUAUUAUCAUGGUCUCUUCCCCCCAGAGGGAGCAGAGCCAUUGGGAGUUCUGUACCCUCGUGCAGGAGCAUUGGGCGGCAGCGCUGAGGUCAAUGCCAUGAUCACAGUCUACCCUCACCGGAGCGAUUGGACCUACAUUCAAAAGCUUACUGGAGAUAACUCUUGGGCGCCCGAUAACAUGCGCAAGUACUUUGUCAAACUUGAGCGAGCUCAGUACCCGAACUGGGGAUCGGGACAUGGUAAAGAUGGCUGGCUCCGAACCAGUUUGACACCUUUGACUCUGCUUCUGGAGGAUGCCAAGCUCAUAUCCAUUGUGCUUUCGGCGCUUGCGGCCAUGGGAAGGGGCCUCAUUACGAGCAUCCUCAGCACUGUCACCAGCUUCGCCGCCGUUCUCCUCGAUGACCUGAACUCCAACAGUCCCUUCCGCGACUCCACCACCAACAUCUACCAAAUCCCACAAUCGAUGGAUUCAACCAACUACACCCGCUCCAGUCCCCGAAACUUCGUCCUCGAAGUCGCACGAACCACAAACCCAGAUGGAAGCCGCAAAUAUCACCUUGACAUUGCCCUGCACACAUUGGCCACCAAAGUCCGAUUCGACACAUCUGGAAACACUCCCAAAGCGAUUGGUGUGGAAUAUCUUGCGGGUGAGCACUUGUACAGCGCGGAUCCGAAUUACUCUCCAAGUCUCAGCGGUACUCCCGGAUAUGUCGCUGCCAGCAAGGAAGUUAUCAUCUCAGCCGGAACCUUCAACACUCCUCAGCUACUCAAAUUGAGCGGUAUCGGACCCAAGGAAGAACUCGAAUCAUUCGGUAUCGAAGUCGUGAAGGACUUGCCAGGUGUUGGAUCCAACAUGCAGGAUCGCUACGAAGUGACACUCAUCGGCGAAGCCCCCACAAAAUUCAAAGUCGAAAAGGACUGUACAUUUGGCUUUGACGGAAAAGCAGACCCAUGUCUUGAAAAAUGGAAGAAUGGAAGAACAGGCGUUCAAAAGUCCCCAUACACCACCAGUGGAGCUGCAGUAGCCAUUGUGCAGAAAUCCUCCGCGGCCGCGCGGUCCGACGAUCCAGACAUUUUCAUCCUGGGAACCCCAGGAAUUUUCGCGGGUUUCUACCCUGGGUAUUCUUAUGAUGCGGUUAUUGAUGGGGACAAAUGGUCCUGGUUAACCCUCAAAGGCCACACGCACAACAAUGCCGGAACCGUCAAACUCCGCUCCGCAAGUCCACACGAGAGACCUCAAAUCGACUUCCGAAGCUUCGACACGGGUAAUGGAGCAGCUGAUAAAGAUAUCCAAGCUUUGUAUGAAGGAACCAUGUGGGCUAGAGAAGCUUUCGACAAAUUAGUUCCUCUGGAUGGGAAAUUCACCGAAUGGUUGCCUGGAAGAAAUGUCAGUAGUGAGGAACAAGUCAAGCAGUUUAUUAAAGAUGAGGCGUGGGGUCAUCAUGCUUGCUGUACGGCUUCCAUUGGAGCGGAUAAUGAUCCGAAUGCUGUGCUGGAUUCUAAAUUUCGAGUUAGAGGCGUGCAGGGUUUGAGGGUUGUGGAUGCUUCUUCUUUUGCGAAGAUUCCGGGGUUUUUUAUCUCUUUGCCGAUUUAUAUUAUUUCGGAGAAGGCGGCGGAUGUUAUUAUUAAGGGGGCGUAG